AGAGAGAGAGGGGGGGUGGGGGGGUCUUCAAAGAAAAGAUUAUGCCGGAAGCCGAAGCUGAAGCCGAAGCCCGAAGCCCUUUGCUUUGAUUUGCGUUCGAGAGUAUCCAUAGGAUUUAUCCGAUUUACAGGAAGGGGAAGAACUGAAACUGCAGUUAUCUAAGCAUAAAUACGGAUAGAAAAGGGGAAACACUCGAAAAAGUAUAGAUAUAUGUAUGUAUGUAUACGCCGAUACCUGUAAAGGGUGAGGGAAAGGAAGGAUUGUUGCAUUUGGCUUAGUUUCCUUUUCUUUCUUAUUUGUCCAAUACGUAUAAACAAUCUUUAGAAAGCUGGUGCCCAUUUGGAGUUUGGAACCUGAAGAAAUGGUGGAAGACCGAGCUUGUUUGGUGUCGCGAGGUUAUCCCGGGAUCUGCCAACAAGAAGGCCAUUGGCCUUGCGUGAAUUACCGGCUAGAAAAGGCUGAGGUACAGCAGAACAAACGGUUUCUGGAGGAAUCAGACAAAGCUGAAGACGUUGCUGUUUUCAGGAGUGCAUCUAAGAGAUCGUGCAGUCAAAUAGAUACAGCUCUAUCAAUUGGUAGGCUUUUGAUAUCCCUUUCUGAUCAAGCCAGUAGUCAACGGCAUGCAGGCGAUAAUUCUGAUUCAAGUUCUUUGAUCCCUGCCAUUGGUCGUGACAACUCCAUUAGUUGUCUAAUUAACUGCUCAAGAGCUGACUAUGGUGUGAUUGCAUCCUUGAAUGGGAGCUUUCGCUCUCUCAUUAGAAGUGGUGAGCUCUAUAAGUUAAGGAGGCAAAAUGGUGUGGUCGAGCAUUGGGUCUACGUUUCCUGCCAGUUACCUGUAUGGGAAGCCUUUGAUCCCAAUCGUCGCCGUUGGAUGAGCUUACCAAGAAUGAAUCCCAAUGAUUGUUUUGUCUUUGCUGAUAAGGAAUCUCUGGCUGUGGGGACACAGCUUCUUGUUUUCGGAAAGGACCUUAUGUCUCACGUGAUUUACUGUUACAGUUUGUUAACCAACACAUGGACUAGCGGGAUGAGCAUGAAUGCGCCUAGAUGCUUGUUCGGGUCUGCAAGCCUUGGGGAGAUUGCCAUAUUGGCUGGUGGUUGCGACUCACAUGGUAACAUCCUUAGCUCUGCAGAGCUGUAUAAUUCCGAGAUGGGAACAUGGACUACACUUCCAAGCAUGAUAAAACCAAGGAAGAUGUGUUCUGGCGUGUUUAUGGAUGGAAAAUUUUAUGUGGUCGGAGGAAUUGGAGGAGCUGAUAUGAAUCUCCUCACCUGUGGAGAGGAAUACAAUCUUGAAACCCAAACAUGGACUGAAAUCCCUAACAUGUCUCCUGUGCGAGCUGGUGCAGCAAGGGAAAAUGAACCACCUGCUACAUCAGAAGCGCCACCGUUGAUUGCAGUUGUAAAUAAUGAAUUAUAUGCUGCGGAUUAUGCUGACAUGAAUGUCAGGAAAUACAACAAGGAGAAUGGGUUGUGGAUUACUGUUGGAAGGUUGCCAGAACGCGCUGAUUCUAUGUAUGGUUGGGGAUUAGCAUUUAGAGCAUGUGGCGAAAGGCUUAUUGUAAUUGGAGGGCCUCGAAAUGCUGGUGAAGGGUUUAUUGAAGUCAAUUCGUGGACUCCGAGCCAAGGUCUUCCGGAGUGGGUUUUGCUCAGCAGAAAGAGAUCUGGAAGUUUUGUCUAUAACUGUGCUGUCAUGGGUUGCUGAGUGAGAGAGUAUUCUUCACACAUUGGCAGCGGUCGAUGUGGUGUGGUGUUGUAUCCUCAUCUCUGGAUGGAUUCGCUCGUUGCUAAUGGGUAACUGAUCAGGAUUUGUUCUUUUUUACCUUUUCUUGUUUCUUCUUGUUUUUGCAUCAUUUGAAUGGGGGAGGAUGAAAGGAAUUAGCAAAUUUUACUCAAAAUUCAAUUGAAUGUUUCCUUUGCGAUAGCCUCGAGUGUAUUAUAUAUAUACAUAUUUAAAAUUUACUCUUAUGAUUCUUUCUCCGACUGC